AUGGCACCCCACGGGUCACCAAGAAGACCCCGAGAACGAAGCCACCGUCACGACAAAAAACGAAGUGCACGAAGAUCUAAAUACGAAUCCACCUCCUCGGGAGCGAGCACGCAAGUCCUGUCCGCCAAUGCACUAGCGCAACUCGAUCAUCUCAACCAACAACGUCUGCCGAGGACAAGAAGAGCAGCGGAGGAGGUAACACCCACGAAGCCGAGGAGGAAGCGGCAUAGAGAGGUUCGGGAUGAGACAGUCGUAGUUGAGAAGAGAAGGCAACGCAAAAGAAGGAAGGGGAGAGUGGUUAGCGGAGCUCUUCUUGAAGAAGGGAAUAGCUCAAAAUUGAGGGGAUUGAGGGGUGGCGCAAGAUCUGAGAAAGAUGAAGAAUAUGAGGAUAGAGCAGGAGGAAAGAGAAAGAAGUGGAUAUGGAUAGGAGUCGGUCUGAUUAUCGUAAUCAUCAUCAUAAUCGUUGUUGCGGUGGUUGUCAGCCAAAACAACAACUCAGGAUCUAGCUCUUCAAGCUCAAGUCCGACAUCGUCCUCAGGCGACAGCAGGCCUUCGAAUUCAAAUCUCGAUGGCAUAUCGGAAUCGAGUAUACCAGCUGCCGCCAAAGGAACGGAGCUUGAUCCAUUCUCUUGGUACGAUACUACCGACUUCAAUGUUACAUAUACAGAUGUUACGGUGGGAGGGCUUCCGAUCAUGGGACUCAUGUCGGAUUGGGACGACUCAAAAAGUGCGAAUUCGAACACGCCUCCAAUUUCAACGCCAUGGGGUUCAUAUGCCGAUACACCCGCUCGAGGUGUUAAUUUAGGAGGCUGGCUCUCCCUAGAACCUUUCAUCGCACCAUCUAUGUUCAACUAUCCCGGUGUAGUUGAUGAGUAUACAUUGACGACACAUCUGGGGGCAGAUGCAAAGGCCACUUUGGAGAAACACUAUGCAACGUUCGUGACAGAGCAGACGUUCAAGGAUAUUGCAGCUGCUGGUCUUGACCACGUCCGGAUCCCUUUUUCCUACUGGGCAGUGACAAUAUACGACGGCGACCCGUAUGUCUAUCGGGUAUCAUGGAGAUAUCUCCUCAGGGCUAUCGAGUGGGCUCGUAAGUACGGCCUUCGCAUUAACCUUGAUCUUCAUGGAUUUCCCGGAAGCCAGAAUGGGUGGAACCACAGUGGGCGUCUGGGUGCAAUAGGAUGGUUGAACGGUCCCGAUGGCGCGUUAAACGCUAACCGCUCGCUCGCUAUUCACGAUCAGCUUUCUCAAUUCUUCGCCCAGGACCGUUACAAGAACAUCAUUGCCUUCUACGGCUUAGUGAACGAGCCGAAGAUGAUCUCACUCCCACAAUCAGAUGUGGUCAGCUGGACCGCGACCGCAUUUGAUCUGGUGCGGAAGAAUGGCAUCACUGCCUAUGUAGUGUUCGGGGAUGGGUUCAUGGGUCUCGACAAUUGGCAAGGACAACUUACGGAGUACGAUGGUCUCGUUCUGGACGUCCACCAAUACGUGAUUUUCAACCAGAAUCAGAUCGACUUUAACCGCACAAAGAAAAUCGAUUACGCCUGCUCGGAAUGGAGUUCACAAGCAGAGCAAAGUAUGAGCGUAGCGACCGGCUUCGGACCUACCAUAUUUGCUGAAUGGUCCCAAGCCGACACAGACUGCGCGCCAUACCUAACUAAUGUCGGCUGGGGAAAUCGUUGGGAAGGGACGUACGAUGCGGGGGACCCGUCGCUGGAUGUUCUGACUCCAGACUGCCCGGCUCAGAAUGACCAAUGCACUUGUAAACAAGCCAACGCCGAUCCGAGCACCUAUAGCCCUUCGUACAAGAAGUUCUUGCAAAUGUUUGCCGAGGCUCAGAUGCAUAGUUUCGAGAAGGGAUGGGGCUGGUUUUACUGGACCUGGCGGACAGAGAGUGCGACACAGUGGAGCUACGAGAAGGGUCUUGCUGCUGGAAUUCUGCCCAAGAAGGCCUAUGCGCCGGAGUUCAACUGCUCAGCGGCGAUACCGAGCUUUUCGGACCUGCCAGAGUACCAGUGA